GACAAACAAUUUUACAGAACAACUCAAGAAGACAUUGCAUCGUUGGGAAAUUGAUUGAAUAAAAAAGUGUAAAAUUGGUGCGAAAAUAUAAUUUAAUAAAAUUAACACAAUGGCUCUACGUACCUACGGCGAUAAACCAUUGAGUUUUCAAUUGGAAGAAAAUGGCGAAUACUAUUAUGUUGGAUCAGAGGUUGGAAAUUAUUUACGGUUAUUCCGUGGUUCUUUGUAUAAGAAAUAUCCGGGAAUGGCCCGAAGAACUCUUACAAAUGAAGAACGAAAACGUUUGAUCGAUUCCGGUUUGAGUAGUCACAUCUUGGCAAGUUCGGUGUCAUUGUUGAAAGCAACUGAAGUCGACGAUAUCAUUGCUGGAAAUGAUGACAGAUUCAAAGCCGUUUCUGUACAUUCAACUGAUCCACCGUUGCGUGAAAGCAAAUCGAAUAAAAAACCAGCAUCUUGGGUACCAACAAUGCCAAACUCAAGCCAUCUCGAUGCAGUACCACAAGCCACACCAAUCAACCGGAAUCGAGUGCAUUCGAAAAAGAUUCGAACAUUCCCGAUGUGCUUCGAUGACACCGAUCCAAUAUUAAACUAUGAGAAUGCCAAUCAUUCGGAGGUAUUGGUGCCGAUUCGCCUGGAUAUGGAACUGGAAGGGCAAAAAUUACGAGACACAUUCACAUGGAAUAAAAACGAGUGUAUGAUUACACCAGAACAAUUCGCUGAAGUGUUAUGCGAUGACUUGGAUUUAAAUCCAAUUCCAUUUGUGCCAGCUAUUGCAGCGGCAAUACGACAACAAACCGAAGCGUUCCCAAGUGAGCCGAUCAUUGAAGAUGGUAUCGAUCGAGGUAUCGACCAGCGUGUUAUUAUUAAAUUGAAUGUACAUGUCGGAAAUACGUCGCUCGUUGAUCAAAUCGAAUGGGAUAUGUCUGAAAAAUCAAACAAUCCCGAGGAAUUUGCAAUAAAACUGUGCGCUGAAUUGGGAUUGGGUGGUGAAUUUGUCACAGCCAUUGCAUAUUCAAUACGCGGCCAACUAUCAUGGCAUUAUCGCACUUAUGCAUUCAGUGAAGCUCCAUUAGUUACAGUUGAAAUGCCAUUCCGUGGAACAAGCGAUGCCGACCAAUGGGCACCAUUCCUCGAAACUCUAACCGAUGCCGAAAUGGAAAAGAAAAUCCGAGAUCAAGAUCGUAAUACACGACGAAUGCGUCGUUUGGCCAACACAACGCCUGGUUGGUAAAAACGUUAUAUAACGCUCAUAAACAUAAUAAUAACAAAAACAUUAAUUUUACGAAUAUAAUGAUAACAAUUCAGAUAAUAUCGACAUUUGUAUUUUAUGACGUGACUCUAUGUAUUAGUUAUGUAGACUUCAAAGGGAAUAAGAAUAAACAAUGAACAAGAGAAUA